CGGUGGUGGCGACUUCCAGUUGCUACCGACCUGGGACGAAUUUGACUUACUGAACAUUGAAUCCAGCCGAUCCAUCCCAGGCCCGAUCCCUGGAGGCAGAACACUCGGGAUUGUCGCUUACUAGGAAACAUGUUACCCAGGACUGUUUUGUUUAUUUCCAGGGCCUCCUUCAUCCCCAUGAUCCUAAAGUGCAUGCAGGUCUCCGUACUGUUGUUUGGGAGGGUAGGUUUAAACUUUAAACAUACCAGCAAGGUAUUAACCGGAGGAGGAUGGGGGGAAUUGUAUUGUUUUCCAAACUGACCUGUAAAUUAAGAAUGCAUUUGAUGUCUUCAGACAUCGUUUACCUGAACUCUGACUGCAAGUUACUAAGAGAGAUUAAACUACUGUAUUAAUAGCCCGCGAGCCGUUUAAGGCACUGGCUAAGCAGUUAUUUAUAACCGGGACGCUACCUGUGCUAUUUUUAACCCUCUCUCUGUAGGGAACUAGGUUUAAAUGUAGCAUGUGGCUUACGCUGCUCUGAGGAGGUAUUGAUAGGCUGCAAGCUGUUAGUUACCAGGACCAGACAACACAACACGGUGGUGUUAGAGCCUGAAUCAUUAGCAGAGUCGCUGGACAGGCCUAUGCUAUGUCAUCGCCUGGUUGAAUGAAACAGUCACAAAAUGUCAGGUCUUUGUUUAUGGACCUGAUGAGAGCUGGCAUUGUGGGGGGAAUUGAGGGGUUGUGUUUCUUAGCAACAGCUGACCCCUCCCACCCAAAGACAGAGAGAGAAUAUAGUCCCUGAUGGGUGGCAUCAUGAAUGUUAGAGCAGGGAAAAUUCCCCCUUGCAGAACUCCUUAUUAGAGCUGGGAAUGCCUUCUAGUCUUUGCCCUGCGGGCCAGGGGCUUGCCCGAGCUAUGCUUUUGGUUAGACCAUGUACUAGCACAGCCAUUGCCCCGCGACCCUCCUCUAACUGCGGCUUGUUACUCACCUGCUGCAUCUUGUUUUUAACUGAACUGGGAGCUCUUUGGGGCAGGGACCGUGUCCUCCUCUGGGUGGCGGAGGCGCCCAUCUUGGUCAGGGCUUCUGGGUGCUAGACAGUACAUCGUGCUCCCUUCAGGGAACGCAAGAGCUGUGUUGAGGAAUCCCAGAGCAGGAAGGGGCUGAGCCUACAACGCCGUCUCAGGAGUGGGUGACUGGGGCUACCUGCCAUGCUGUGACCCCGUUUGAUCCCCUAUUAGAAACCGAAGAACGGUUCUUUCCCCAGCACUCCUUGUCUCAGUCCUUUCCCCUUUCUAGCACCGUCCAGCGUCACAGGUAGGAGUGCGCGGAGCUCUGCGAUCCUGCUGGGAGGUCGGUGUUAUCCGACAGUUCACAUAUGGGGAAAUGCCGGGUAGGCUCUUCCCAGGGGUUUGUGCAGCACCUAGAACAGUGGGGUCCUGGUCCAAGAAUGGGGCUAGUAGGUGCUACCACAGUACAAACAAUAAAUAACUGCUAAUGUCUUAGAAGUAGAACCGACGAGUCCUGUCUCACAGUGCUUUAGCCAGAACUAUCUGUCGGCUGUCUGUCAGUGCGGUGCUGGGCAGAGCCAGGCUCGGGUCCUUGGGCCAGGGGUUAGCUAACGUUUUGCUCCAAGCCGGCGGAAGGGGAAGCCCCCUUCUGUGUGCUGCACACGCUGGAGCAGAAGCCCUGGGAGAUUAACCCUGCAGGCUCCAGCGUCCCCCAGGCAGCAUGUCUCCUCCUUGCCCAAGCCUUCCUGAUUAAAUCAUCUUGAGGUAAUUCUGCGUGUCAUUGAGACAGAUUAACGGGUGACCUUCUUCUCCCAGAAUGGGAUUGGAAGCUGACGCCGAGCUCCCUUACCCUGCGCGCUGCGAGAGGAUUUGCAUCCAGAACUGAUGGGAAGAUGCGUGGAGGCGGAUGGGAUUCCAAACCUUAGGCUGGCCCCAGCCCAGUGACGAGGCUCCGGAUUGCGUCGGGAAGGUCGGUGGGAGAGUCGGCUGGAAGGAGAGGGGUUGCACACCUUGGGCUCGCCUGUUCCUGCCCUGGCCGGGCACUCAGUUGGAAAGAUGAGCAGGACUCCCCACCGGAGAAGGUGCAAAGCCCUGGGGUAGCGCCCCGGCCCCCGAUCAGCCAUGGUGCUGCCCAUCGCCAGCAGCAGCAUGGAGCUGCAGCAGGACAACGGGCUCUGUGUCUGCAACAACAUCGGCGGCUGCCGGCUGAAGUACGAGGAGCCUCGGAGCCGGAGGAACUCCAUCCCCCCCGUGCAAACUCCCACCGCCAAGCACAUGCUUGCCUACCUGCCCCGGCCCCCGACGGACACCAGCAGAUAUGGCGCCUUCCCUCAGAAGCCUGAAAUGAUGGUCAUCCCUAUGGGCCUAUCAGAAGAGAGCCAACAGCAAACAGACCCUGCGGUUGAAAAGAAAAAUGCCCCGAUGUCAAACUUUGUGCCCCACUCCUGUGGCUCAAACAUCCCCAAUGACAGAUCAGUCCUUCAGAGGAGACUCAGUAUGGUGGAGCAGACCAGCACAGGUGCGGUGGUACCCAUGAAGCACCGGCCCAGCGUCUCCAUCAACACUGAAGAUUUGCCCAAGUACCGCCGGGCAUCGCGCAAUGAUCCCCUGCCUCCACUCCGGGACAUCAACACCCGGUGGUACCCACGGCAUGCUCUCAGUGUGCCCAACAUCCCCAACUCAGCACGGAAAAAAACGCCCACCCGGAGCAUUGUCUCCGUGACCCCCUCAGAGAAACCUCAGAACCGGCGCUGCAAGCUCAUGGACGACGAUCGGCAGUUCAGCUCCGCCAACAAGCAGCAGCGGCAGCGCUAUGUGACCAAAAUGGGCAAGUGCCAGGUGAAUCUGGGCCGCAUCCAGGAAAAGAAGAGGUUCCUGUCGGACAUUUUCACCACCAUUGUGGACCUCAAGUACCGCUGGUUCCUCUUUGUCUUCAUGAUGUGCUACAUCGUCACCUGGGUGGUCUUUGGCAUCAUCUACUUCUUCGAUGCCUGGAUUAGGGAUGACGUCAACCACAUAGGAGACCCGGAGUGGAAGCCUUGCAUCGAGAAUGUGGACAAUUUCAUAUCUGCCUUACUUUUCUCCGUGGAAAGUCAAAGGACCAUUGGUUAUGGCUCCCGGAUUGUGACAGCCGAUUGCACUGAGGGCGUCAUUUUGCUGAUGGCCCAGUCCAUCGUUGGGUCCAUGAUAGAUGCCCUCAUGGUGGGAUGCAUGUUCGUCAAGAUCUCCAGGCCCAAGAAGCGCGCCCAGACCUUAAUAUUCAGCAAGAAGAGCGUUGUCUCCCACCGGGAUGAGAAACUCUGCCUGAUGUUCCGCAUCGGCGACCUCCGGGACAGCCACAUGGUGGAUGCGAAAAUAAGGGCCAAACUGAUCAAAUCCAGACAAACCAAGGAAGGGGAGUUCAUCCCCUUGGAGCAGUCGGAGCUGAACCUGGGCUAUGACACAGGGGAGGACAGGCUCUUCUUGGUGGAGCCACAGAUCAUCUGCCAUGUCAUCAAUGACCACAGCCCCUUCUGGGAAAUGACAGCAGAGUCGCUGAAGAGGGAGCAGUUUGAGAUCAUUGUGAUCCUGGAGGGCAUCGUGGAAGCCACAGGAAUGACAUGUCAAGCCCGGACCUCUUACAUAGAGGACGAGAUCCUUUGGGGAUAUCGGUUCGAGCCCUGCAUGACCCUGGAGAAAGGAGCCUUUCGAGUAGACUACAGCAGGUUUGAGAAGACAUUUGAGGUGCAGACCCCAGCAGCCAGCGCCAAGGAGAUGUACGAACUGAAGGAGAUAGAACGUCAGGACCAGUCCACCCUGAGCUUGUACUGGGACCACCUGGUGCAUCCCUGCUUCUCAGCCGAGCUGAACGAUGUCCUGCAGGAUGAGAGUCCCAGUGAGGAAACCCUGGCCAGGCUGGGCAUCCCCAACAUCACAGAGGAGGAAACGAGUGCUGAGUUCCAGAGCCAGAUCGGUAUCUGAGCUCCUCCCCAACACAGAGUGACAGGAGACACCCCAGUGCAGCCACUUGUCUGCCCCAAGUACGAGUGCUGCUGCUUUGCAUCCGGAGAUGUCCCUGGUGCAAGCAGGGGGAGAGGCAAGGGGAAAGAUGCACUGCUGCUCUCCGGCCAACCUGAGCGUGCAUUGAGGUCUUCACCAGUGAGCUCUGUGGUGGAGCCAUUGUGCUCUCUCUCUCUCUCUUUCUCCAAUACAGGUAGUUGAUGCUACCUUCCUAUGGAGGAGGCGGUGGGGUUAGAGACCCCUGUAGCUCCCUUCUCCAGGCUGGGGUAAGGGACCAGGGAAAUGUGGAACAAGGGCUUGGGCCACACAGCCUGGAGGCUCAUCAGCCAUUGACUGUUAUGUGGAGGAAAUGUCACCUUCCCUGUGCGUAUAAGGUGCUGCCCCGGGGUAGGUCAUAAGCAGCAGAGAUCAACUUGAGACCUGUAGAUCUUACGGCCUGUGCUAAAUGGCUAGCUCAAGGGCUGUAGCAGAGAGUGACCGAGAGCUCCUCUGUGUGGGUGACAUGACACAAGAAUUAACAAUCCCACCUUCAGACACCCCAGGGAGUGCCG